GACACGAGUAAAAUUCAAACAACUAUGUGCAGCUUAGAAAGCGCCGACUCAGGGAAACAGCUGCCCCACUCUUACACGGCGAUCAGCCGAUUCGGCGCGGCAGUGACAGCCAGAGACGGUUCCCGCCAAGACAGACCCGAAAGGUCAAGGGGUUAGGAAUCCUCGGAGGAGACGCGUUGUUCCCGUAAGUGGGUUUGAACCUGUGGUGGAGGAAGAAGUGGAGCGACCCGGGCCAUGCGUCACGAGUCCACUGGGCAGUUUGUCACCAGCGCCUCUGAGUCUGGCGUGACUGGUUUCGUGGUGGACACGGAGCCUGUAGAAGAUGAGGCUGUCGGGCCUGUACUUCUCACGCGUGCUUAAUCACUCUUAGUUUUAUGAAGUCUUGGGAAAGAAAAAAAAGAGAAUGCUUGAUGAAACAGUGUCACAGAAAACGAGGCAGGCGUUAGCCUGUGGUAGGUCCUCUUAAUCUGUGUGUUCACGGGUACUAAGUGUGCUGCCCGGCAAUAUAAUCAUCACCAAAGGUUUAGAUUCCAACCAAGUUACUUGGCUUUUGGUUAAUUUUUUUUCCUAUUAAAAAAUUGAAGCAAGAAAAGGAGUGAAUUUACUAAAGACUAAUGUACUCAUAAAACCGGUUUGCCAUGUUAGAAGACACAUUUUGGGAAGAAGACAUCUGGGAAUAUAAAUCUAAAAGAAAACCAAAACCAGCACAGCCAAAUAAUUGUUCUCAAAGUAAUCCAGAAUCUGUUGGAAAAGCAACAGAUGGAAAAUACCGGUCAAAACGAAAAAGGAACAAAAAAGGAACCACAGAAGAUAAAGACAAGCUGAAGGACCACAGGGCGUGCCUUGGAGAAACAGACUGUCAGCUUUCUGUAGGUUCCAGUCAGAAUUCAAGUCAUAGCAAUGAGAUUCCGCAGUCUCAAAGCAAAGAGACUACUCCAAGAAAGCUCAGUAGAACUCAUAGAAACAAACACGUGUCCCCAAAGGUCCGCCCGGUUUAUGAUGGACACUGCCCAAGCUGCCAGAUGCCCUUUUCCUCACUGAUAGGCCAGACGCCCCGGUGGCAUGUGUUUGAGUGUUUGGAUUCUCCACCAAUCUCUGACACAGAGUGUCCCGAGGGUCUUCUAUGUACCUCCACAAUUCCUUCUCAUUAUAAGAAAUACACUCACCUCCUGCUUGCUCAAAGUAGGUCUAGCAAUGAGCCUCUCAGCAGCCCAUCGCUCGUGCUGGCUGGACAUUUCACUGCAGCACAGCCAGACUCUUCUUGUAACCUUGAGGAAAGAUGGCCUGCGCAUCUGAAAACGGAGAACUUAACCAAAGUUUUAGAUGACUCUUUGUUGAUGAUACAGUGUCUACAAACAGCACAGCUUCCAGCUGAAAGCAACAGAAAGAGUCCCUCUUGUAGGAGUUCUCAAACUUCACCAGUUCCACAGCGUCCAGAGUUUGUUGAGAAGGACGAGCCUGUGGGAGGUGGUUUGCCUCUUGCCGAGGACGCAUUAAACAGCCAACGUGGCUCACAGAGCACGAGUUUGCCAUCACCAGGAAAUGACAGUGGUGGCUGUGAGAUCUCCUAUUCUCCACUGCAGAGCGAUGAAGAGACCUAUGACUUAGACCAAGAGCUGGACGAUUCACAGCAGGACCUGUUUUUCACCCAAAGCUCUAAAGACAGCAGCCUAGAAGAAGAAGGCUCUGCCAUGUUUGAAAAAUUCCAUGAUCCCUUCCCAAAGGCAGGAGAGGGCAUCUGCCCCGUGGCAAAAAGCCGGGCUAAGUCCAGUGGAUUGUAUAAAGGUCGUGUUCUGCAUGACUCAUUCCAGCUUCUCUCCUACACACAGAGCAGGCUUUCCCAAGAUGACCUGCCAUCCACAGACGCUGGCUUUCUCUUGUUUUCACCUGCAUUAGCUUCUAACUAUCAAACCACCAAAGCUAAACCUGCUGAGCCAGAAUUUCCCUCACUUGGAUCGAGUCAUCAGAGACAGAAAGCUGAAACAUCAGCUGUUGGCCAUCACACUUCUCUGCCGUUACGUACAAGUGCCGUGUCAAAAGCACUUGGAAAGGAGGGUGGAGAGGGCCUGCCUUUGCACCCCACCCAAAGCCAAGUUAGAGGAUUACAGAGUGCGGGCUCUGGUGCUGCCGUUGCUCCCUCAGAGUGUGCCUGCAGAAAGGCAGAACAGCGUCCACUUCUUGCCAAAUCUUUGAGCAUGUUGCCUCCCAGUCCCAAGUGCAAUGCGAGCCAACCUUCUAAGAAAGUAAUGAAGCAAAUGGAUAUAGGUGUGUUUUUUGGACUACCACCCAAAAGACAAGAAGAGACGUCACCAAGGAAAGGUGCUUUAGAAGGGCCGAAUGUCAAUCCAGUCGUGAGUCCUAAGGAAAAGAGGCCCCGACUGUGUAAGAGGAAAGCAGAACACUCUCUAAGUGACUCAGAAUUGGAUUCAGGGAAUUUAAAUGAGAGUCAGCACUCUAUGGAACUGUUUGGAGAGAGGGCCCAACAUCGAAGAAAGAGACAUAAAAAGUCAAAGUCACCACGGCAAGGGACAGAUCAGAGGAGGUCUGGUCACCUUAUCAAAGAUCCAGAAUUGGGAGCAGUCGGUUUAAAUAAGAGCAAAGCCUUUGUAAGACGGACUCAUGGCAGGCCACAGAGAGGGAACGUGAACAUUUCAGAGUCAUCUGGUGCAAGGGAAGUGAGAACAUGUCCGUUCUAUAAGAGAAUCCCUGGAACUGGCUUCACUGUGGAUGCUUUCCAGUACGGCGAGGUUGCAGGCUGCACGGCCUAUUUCCUCACACAUUUCCAUUCUGAUCAUUACGCUGGCUUGUCCAAGGACUUCACGCUGCCAAUUUACUGUAGUGAGAUAACUGGCAAUUUGUUGAAGAAGAAGCUUCGUGUGCAAGAACAGUACGUCCAUCAGUUGCCGAUGGACACUGAGUGUACAGUGGACGGUGUCAAGGUGGUUUUGCUGGAUGCCAAUCACUGUCCAGGUGCCGUCAUGGUCCUUUUCCGUCUUCCGAACGGCGCUGUCGUACUGCACACUGGAGACUUCCGAGCAGACCCCAGCAUGGAGCGCUCUCUUCUUGCAUGCCAUCAGGUCCACACGCUCUACUUAGACACCACGUACUGCAGCCCAGAGUACACCUUCCCAUCUCAGCAGGAUGUUAUCCAGUUUGCCAUCAACGCGGCCUUCGAGGCUGUAACUCUAAACCCACGUGCUCUCAUUGUCUGUGGCACUUACUGUAUCGGAAAGGAGAAAGUCUUCCUCGCCAUUGCUGAUGUUUUGGGUUCAAAGGUGGGCAUGUCCCAAGAAAAAUAUAAAACUUUGCAGUGCUUCAAUAUACCAGAAGUCAGUUCCCUCAUAACUACAGACAUGUGCAGUACUUUGGUUCACCUCCUCCCAAUGAUGCAAAUUAAUUUUAAGGGCUUACAGAACCAUUUGAAGAAGUGUGGUGGGAAAUACGAUCAGAUUGUGGCUUUCCGACCUACAGGAUGGACACAUUCUAACAGCAUAACUAGCAUAGCGGAUAUUACUCCCCAGACGAAAGGGAAUAUAUCAAUAUAUGGAAUUCCCUAUAGUGAACACAGCAGCUUCCUAGAAAUGAAACGUUUUGUCCAGUGGCUGAAACCACAGAAAAUCAUACCAACUGUAAAUGUUGGCUCCUUUAAGUCUCGGAACACAAUGGAGAAAUACUUUAAAGAGUGGAAAUUGGAAGCUGGAUACUGAUGCUGUCACAGAAGAGUGAGCAGUAGUUACGUUCAGCAGGUGUUAAUAGUUAAGUCUAAACGAACAUGAAAUGUAAUUCUAUGAAAACAAUCUCAGGACUGUUUCUCACUCAUCUUUGAAUAAUAUAUCCAUAGUACUGAAUGCCUUUCAAAAUCCUGAGGGACAGGGGCCUUCCCAGUGCCUUUAAUUCUCCUCUGUGAAGGCAAUAGUCAUCUGCAGCAGCCUAAGGGGAGAAAACCAAAGGGAUUCAUGGUAAUGGAUACUAGAUAAGAAGCAUUAUCUAUGUAAUAUGAAAUAAAAUUUUUAUAUCAUAUGCACUCUUAAAUAAAAAUUAAUAUAGAA